AUGGAUAGAAUCGACCAUGCUGUCUAUGUCCGUCUAGCCACCUUGGUUGACGAGGUCAUCUCCUUCGCUGUAGGUUUGCAAGAGGAUGCAACGAACCUCUCAGCAGCCGCAGAGGCUCACGGUGACUUAGGUGUCUUUAUGAACUCGCAUCUGAAAAACUCGUCUACAAGACGGUUCACAUCUUUUAGCGAAGGAGCUAGGACGCGUCUGAGAGCCGCCAGAUCUGUCUAG